CCGACUUGGCCCUCCCCCGCCCCCGGGUUGGUUUUUCCCAGCUGUGGAGGUUGGACCAGGGGCUGGGGUGCGAAGAGAGUCGGCGCCUGCAGCGCGGAGCUUGGAAGUCGCCGGGUUGCCCUCGGAGUUGGCUGGGGAGGAGAGAGCGGAGGUCACUCUCCGGAUCCGUGCCGAGGCGCCAACAAUAGAGGCGAGGUGGUGCCACCCCUCCGGCGGCGCGGGAGGAGGAGCGCGGAGCCCGGCGUCGCCACCGGCCGUGCGUACUUGCUGGAGGGAAGGGCGGGGAGCCGCUCCGGGUGGGGACGCCCGUUGGUGGCGAGGGGUUAAACCAAGUUCCGGCUUGGGCGUCCCUCCUCCGCUUCCACGAGAGGAAAAGUUUUCUCCCGACGCUUCCGGCCGGGCCCAGCCUCUUCCCCUGCCCGCCCCCUCUCCCCGAGCCUUCGGAGCGGGCGCCCGUCCCAGCCCAGCUCCGGGGAGCAGCGAGCCGCGAUGCCAGGAGGGGGCUCCCGGGGCCCCGCGGCCGGGGACGGGCGGCUGCGGUUGGCGAGGCUGGCGCUGGUCCUCCUGGGCUGGGUCUCGGCGUCGGCGCCCAGCUCCUCGUUACCCUCGUCCGCGUCGCCGGAGGCUCCGUUCCUGGGAUCGGCGCAGCCUCCGCUGUCCGACCGAUGUCCCGCGGCUUGCGAGUGCUCGGAGGCGGCGCGCACCGUCAAGUGCGUGAACCGAGACCUGACCGAGGUGCCCGCCGACCUGCCGCCCUACGUGCGCAACCUCUUCCUCACCGGCAACCGGCUGGCCGUGCUCCCCGCCGGCGCCUUCGCCCGCCGGCCGCCGCUCGCCGAGCUCGCCGCGCUCAACCUCAGCGGCAACCUCCUGCAGGACGUGCGCGCCGGAGCCUUCGAGCAUCUGCCAGGCCUGCGCCAGCUCGACCUCAGCCACAACCCCCUGGUCAACCUCAGCCUCUUGGCUUUCUCCGGGAGCAACGCCAGCGCCCCGGACCCCAGCCCCCUGGCGGAGCUGAUCCUGAACCACAUCGUGCCCCCUGGAGACCAGCGUCAGAACCGAAGUUUCGAGGGCAUGGUCGCCGCAGCCCUGCGCUCGGGCCACGCGCUCCGAGGGCUCCAGCGUCUGGAGCUGGCCAGCAAUCACUUCCUUUACCUGCCUAGGGACCUACUGACCCAACUGCCCAGCCUCAGGCACCUGGAUCUGCAUAACAAUUCGCUGGUGAGCCUGACCUACGUGUCCUUCCGCAACCUGACACACCUCGAAAGCCUCCACUUGGAGGACAAUGCCCUCAAGGUCCUGCACAAUGGCACUCUGGCUGAGUGGCAAGGCCUGGCCCGUGUUAGGGUGUUUCUGGACAACAAUCCCUGGGUUUGCGACUGCCACAUGGUAGAUAUGGUAGCCUGGCUCAAGGAGACAGAGUUGGUACAGGACAAAGCCAGACUCACCUGUGCGUUCCCGGAAAAAAUGAGGAAUCGUGGCCUCUUGGAUCUCAACAGCUCCGAUCUGGACUGUGACCCCAUCCUCCCCCCAUCCCUGCAGACUUCCUAUGUCUUCCUGGGUAUUGUUUUAGCCCUGAUAGGCGCGAUUUUCCUUCUCGUUUUGUAUUUGAACCGCAAAGGGAUAAAAAAGUGGAUGCAUAACAUCAGAGACGCCUGCAGGGACCACAUGGAAGGGUAUCAUUACAGAUAUGAAAUCAAUGCGGACCCCAGGCUCACAAACCUCAGCUCCAAUUCUGAUGUCUGAGAACCAGGGGACUGGAAAAGGACCGCUGUGCAUGAGGUGUAGACGUUUUCCCCUAGGCUUGCUCCACUUUCGCCUUCACUGUAGACACCGUUGACUUUGACCCAGUGAAGGGGAUUUGCUUCCUUGUUGUGUAAAGUUCUUGGUGUGUGCUGUUCAUGUCAGACGAUGAAAAGCUGUGCCUGUAGUGUUUUGCUCUCAUCCUUUGCUUGGAACUCCUCGACGCCUGUGGAGGGAUUUUUCAAGUUUCAGCAUGAACAUGAACUCUCUUAGUGCAGAUCAAGGUGUAGCAAAUGUACCUGCCAGGUAGCAUUCAACAGAAGUGGCCUCAAGUUUUCUUUCUUUCUUUUUGAGAAAAGUGCUUCACAAAUAUCAGUUUUCUUUUCAUGUACCUAAAUGAUGAAGAAAAUAAUUGCAUCCCCAAACUGCCUGCAGACCUUACUUAGCAAGCUCUUAAUAUCAACUCCUUAGUGCGCAGGAGUACCUGCAUCCAAGAGCAUGCUUACAGUUUACUGUUCUGCAUAGUCCAGAAAAUAACUUGCAACUUCCUUGACAAAGUGAAUGAAUUUUUGAUUGCAGUUUACAUGAGACUGUCCUGAAGUGUUUUUUUUCCCUUUUUUUUAUAUAUAAACUGCAUUGAGAUCCAAUUGACUGAAUUGUUAAAAAAAAUCAAUAAAGAUUCUUAAAAGAA